AUGCUUCUCAUCCAAUCACUGCUGGAGACAGGUGAAGGCUACAAAGCUUUAGACCUCGUAAUCAACCAGGGUGUGGAGGACAUCCCUUACUAUGUCCAGAUGAUACGGCUGUUCAAGGAACACAACUAUCCUGACAUUGUUCUUCAGUUGUCAGACUUGGCUGUCCAGAAAGCUCAUCCCAAUGACCCUCAUAUGCCGAUGCUGCGGUCCACACAGUUCCUGCACCAUCUGGCUCUCGGCCACUACAUGAACGCCUACGCCAGUCUGGAGGCUAACCCAGAGGAAGAGCGGAGAGAGAACUGUCUCCGAGAUCUGGUCGUAGCUCUGGUAGACGCCAGACAACUGCAGCUACUACUGGACCUGCCCUACACUGGGAUGGUGGCCAAGCUGGAGGCGCUACUAGAGGACAGGGCGAGGACACGUGAGCCGGCCAGUGCUGCGGUCUACUACAACGUGCUGUUCUCACUGCACAUCAAGAACAUGAACUAUAGAAAAGGAGCGUCUGUGAUGUUGGAGCAAGGCAUGAGAGCAGAGAACGCUGAGGUACAAAUGCAGUGUUACGCAGUUUGUCUCAACACGCUCAUGCUUGUCGAGCCUCACUAUGAUGCUUGGAUUGUCAAACCCACCGACAACCAGGAGGAUGCAAUAGAGGUUCUCGAGUUGAAAGACAUUCGCAAAGAGUUCAAUUUGGCUUUGGCUCGCAGUAAACUUCCAAAUUGUUCCACAGACACUAGAGCAGAGGAGGUGGUAGCGCAGUGUGUGGCGGCCGGACACUAUAAGACGGCUCUGCGCCUGUGCCACCUGUGUGGGCUGCCUUACUACCAGCCUGUAGAGGCGCUCACCACCGCCUGUGUGCAGAUACAGGACAACGACCGCGCCUGGGAGUGGCUCUUCCUCAACGAAAUAUCUGACCUAGUAGCUGGUGAUGCAAAUGCCACCACAAUCGCAUGGCGGUUACUGGAGUAUUUGCUCAACAGAUAUGAGGAGGACGGGCAGAGCUCGCUACACAAGGUUGUUGCGGCAAAACUCAUGUCUCUCUCUGUCUUCUUACCACACUGGCUCCAGUCAUCGUACAAGAAACGUAACAGUGCAGAGCUGCUGCGACUCUACCUGAGUCACGGAGAUCUGACCCAGGCCAGCACACUAGCCUGUGAGCUGCUACAGGCCGCUCUAGGACAAGGCAAGGAACACUUUGGUCUCAGUCACGCCCUGAUGGCCACGGCGCCUCCUCUGUGUCUCCCUCUGAACGUCAUAGACCGACUGCUGACCGAACUCGCCCAUUACAAGAUGGAUGGAGAGUUGCGCCAAGCCGUAGACAAGUACAUUAAAACCUGUAUGAGAGUGUCCGAAGAUAAAGUCAUCUCAGUCUCACUAUAAAAUUGUAUUCUCCUCUCAUGCCAUUGCAUUUGUUUUUAUCUUAUUCCAUAUUUGAUAUGUUUUUACUAUAGAUUGUGCAUUUAUCUGUAAGUGGUUUUAUAAUAAAAAAAUACUAUUUGUA